GGUGGUGGUGCUGUACAAGUUGGCUGGCGCUGGCAUAACGCUGAAACACUGCAAGGUCUGCCAGAUGAAGCACUCCCGAUGGCCACUGACGUCGCAGUCGGCGUCUGCGCGAUUCGUUGCCAUGGUUGCGCUGAUACUCGUGACGAUGGGUACGCUCGUGCAAACCCAAAGUGGUCCCUCGUACGUGCUGGAAACGCUGUUCGAUGAGCUGAGCUUGCUGAUGCGCCGUGGCCCAAACGCAUCCAUACCGAUCCCGGAGGCACCGAAGCAGCUGCGCAAGGAGUACGAUUUCGUGGUGAUUGGUGCCGGAUCCGGUGGAUCGGUGAUGGCCAACCGGUUAAGUGAGAUGAGUGGCUGGAAUGUGCUGCUGCUGGAGGUGGGCAAAGAGGAGAAUGCCGUUUCGAAUGUGCCACUGACGGCGGGCUUGACCACGGCUACUGGUUACAGCUGGGGCUAUCGAUCGGAUCCGAUGAAGAACGCAUGCCGUGGCCUCGAGCACGGUGUCUGCUACUGGCCGAAAGGGCGCGGCCUAGGUGGCACUAGCCUAAUCAACUUCCUUCUGUAUGGCCGCGGUCACGAGCGGGACUACGACGAGUGGGAACAGGCCGGCAACAGUGGCUGGGGUGCCCGGGACGUGUGGAAGUACUUCGAGAAGGCCGAGCUGGUCAAAGGUCGCCCCGCGAACCCCGACGGUUAUCUGAACAUCGAGGAGAGCUCCUUCGAAACACCGAUGUUGGCCCGGUACAUUGAGGCUGGCCGGCGGUUAGGCUACCGGCACAUUGCUCCCGACGAUCCGGUACAGCUCGGCUUCUACAAAGCACAGGCCACCAUGGUGGACGGGGAACGGUGUAGUGCGGCCCGGGCCUACCUCAAGCCGGCCGCCGGAAGACCGAACCUUCACAUCGCAACCCGUUCCUGGGCUACCCGCAUCCUGAUCGAUCCGAUCACGAAGACGGCCUUCGGGGUGGAGUUUACGAGGAAUAAGCGAUCGCACACGAUCCGGGUGCGGAAGGAAGUGAUCUUGGCCGCCGGUGCCAUCGCUUCGCCCCAGCUGCUGAUGCUCUCGGGGAUCGGCCCAAAGGAGCAUCUGGCGGAGCUUGGCAUUCCGGUGGUGAAGGAUCUACGCGUCGGUUACAAUCUGCAGGACCACUCGACACUGUCCGGGCUCGUGUUCACCGUAAACAGUCCCGUUACGAUCCGGGAGCGCGAUAUGCGUCGUCCGGUUAACUUCCUUAACUAUUUGAUCGCUCGACGAGGACCCUUUACGGUGCCAGGCGGUGCGGAGGGUAUUGCGUUUGUCAAGACGAACGGUUCACGGUCACCGGACGAUUAUCCGGAUGUGGAGCUGGUGCUGGGGACGGGUGCAGUCAAUAACGAUGAGUCCGGUGCACUGCGCCACACCUUCGGUAUGACGCGAGAGUUCUACGAGCGUACGUUUGGGGGUGCACGCGGACAGCAUGCGUUCGGUAUCGCGCCCGUGCUGAUGCGUCCGAAGAGUCGUGGUCGCGUGUGGUUGAAAAGCCGCAAUCCGUUCCAGUGGCCGCACAUGGAGGGUAACUUCUUUGAUCAUCCGGACGACCUGGCGACCAUGGUCGAGGGCAUUAAGCUGGCCGUGGCCAUCGGUGAGUCGGAAGCGUUCGCGAAGUACGAGGCGCGGCUCCUCGAGACGCCCUUUUACGGUUGCGAGGCGCAUCGCUUCCGGUCGGAUGAGUACUGGCGGUGUUGUUUGCGGCAGGUGGGCGCCAGUAUACAGCAUCAGUCCGGAACGUGCAAGAUGGGUCCGGCUAGUGAUCCGGAGGCGGUAGUCGAUCCCGAACUGCGGGUACACGGUAUACGGGGGUUGCGGGUUGUGGAUGCUUCCAUCUUUCCCAUUAUUCCGUCGGCACAUACCAAUGGGGUGGUGAUUAUGGUCGGUGAAAAGGCGGCCGAUCUGGUAAAGCAACACUGGAGCAAUCAGGUGCAGUAGUUAGUUAGGAAUGUUCGAGUACUGCGGAAGGAUACUAAACUAGUCAAACGAUUUGCGGUAAUCCGUAAAAUGCUCAUAAGAGCUUGAAUUAUU